UAGGAGAAUUAAGUACAUAGAUAAUUAGAUACUAAUGCAACAGUUAGAUGAAAAGGUCAAACAAAUAUGUAAUUUUAUAAUUUUAAUACCCUAAAACGUGCAAGGAAAAAUAUCCAUCGGUGGCCCAUCUUCUUGAAGUAGUUGAGAGAGCAUCGAGCUCCAGAUUCUCAAAUACAUCUAAAUAGUCAAUAAUAAUGUAACAAGAACGAAAGAUUGAUCAUAGCAUUUGAAGUCACAACUCAACAUAAAAAAACUUAAAACCAAUAUCUCGAUAGGCUAAUUGAGAAUAUACUAUGACCUACUCAUUAAAAUAUCAAUCAUAUCAAAUAUAUAUAACAAUUGUAAUGACACUUCUCACACUUCUUUGUUUGUGAUUUCUAAGUAUUCUUGUUUCAUCAAUCAAAAAACCUUUUGAUUAGAUGUCACUACCUACCAACUCUGUCACACUGAAAACAAUAGAUAAGAAAACAAAUUUUACUGUUCCCUUGUUGAAAAUUAAAAAUUAAACACGUGUUAUCAUUGGUCAAAUAAUCCACUCCACAGAUGUUUCUUUUAUAAACAGCUUCACUACGAGGUCGAAAUGUUCUUUUUUAUUUAUUUUAAGGAAUGGAUAAAUUUGACUUGUCUCUGGCACGGUUCUCCAGACAAAAAAAUAUUAUUGUUUACAUAUUAAUAAAAUUAUUUAACAGAAAUCCAUAGAAACUUAACAGAAAGUUAUCAGUUAUUUGAUUAUUUCAUCCACUUUAUACAUUUUAAAAAAAAAAAAAUAUUAAAUCGAAAGGUUCCAAAGUGGAAAUGGAAAAAGAAACAGAAAAGGGAACAAAGUGAGGAAUAAAUAAGGGAGUUGUCAAAAGGCUGUAGCAUAGCCCAUCUCACAAACGGACGAUCCGAAGAACACUAAUAACACAGAAAAGAAAAAUCCCCCACUUUCAUUUCUUUCUUUCUCCGUGCAAAGAAUCAAUCUUUUCUUUCGUUUCCCUGCUUAAAGUCGAUUUCUUUUUCUCUAAUGAUGGGAAGGGAAAACUCUUAGAGAGCAAUCCGUUUGUCAUCAAUCAGAAAGUUGUUAGCAGCUGCAGCUGUUGGUGUUUGUUUUUGCUUUUUCUUUGCAUCUAUAUCUCUCUCUCUUUGAUAAAGACGACUCCUUUAGUGGGGGGUUUUGUUUUGGGUCGCUCAAAUCGUUUCUCUGUUCGGGGGAACCCAUUUUUGAUAAGGCAGGCAGGUACGAGUGAGCUGCUUUAUUUCAACAACUCUCUGCAUUUGUUUUGGUUUUAUUACAUCGCUUUUUUUUUUUUUUUGGCUUCUGGGUAGUAAGAGAUUUCCAUUUCCGUGUGUGGUGUGUUGAUCAACAGGAGAAAGGCGAUCUUUUCUUUUGAUUAGAGGGGAAUUUGAGCGCUUUAAGCCAUGGCGGUGGCUGAUAAUGCUGGGGUCAAAGAAGGGGUGGUGACGAGUCAGAAUUUUGACGCUACUCUGGCGUCAUCGGAGGCAAACGGUGGAUCGAACAGUGUGGAGAGCACAAAACCCAUGAACGAAUCUUUGGUUGGGGGUUCGAAUUCUCAGUCUCAGACCGAUGAUCGGGGCGCGAUCGGGGGGAAGUGCGACCAAGAAGAGCGUGCGGAUGAGAUGGCGGCGGCGGCGGCGGCGGCUGGUUUAACCACCGGGGAGAAUGGUGGGGCCCAGAUGGGGAAUGGGUUUGAUGGGAAUCAGCAGCGGCCGCCGGCGUCGAUGGACCAGUCUAGUGGUGGGUAUGGAGGAGGUGGUGGGAAUCAGAUGGAUUUUGGGAACUCUAAUGGGGCUAAGGAGAUGAGGGAGUUGGUGGAGAUGUUGUCCAAGCUGAAUCCCAUGGCUCAGGAGUUUGUACCUCCUUCUCUUGUUAACAAUCAAGGCAACAUUUUUGGCAACGGUGGAUUCAAGCAUCCGAACAAUUUUGGAAUGCUUAAUCCCAAUGGGAAUCCUAAUGGAAUGAUCAAAAGGAAGAACAAUUUUAACCAGGGAAGGAGAAGAACCAAUGGUGGCAGGAGGAGUAUGGCUCAGAGGGAAGAAGUAAUUAGGAGGACUGUAUAUGUUUCUGACAUCGACCAGCAGGUUACCGAGGAGCAGCUGGCAGGUCUAUUUCUGCAUUGUGGACAAGUUGUUGAUUGUCGUAUAUGUGGUGAUCCUAAUUCAGUUCUUCGCUUUGCGUUCAUUGAAUUUACUGAUGAAGAAGGUGCAAGGGCUGCUAUAACUUUGUCUGGGACUGUGCUUGGAUAUUAUCCACUAAGAGUGCUGCCUUCUAAAACUGCGAUUGCACCUGUGAACCCAACAUUUUUGCCAAGGUCUGAAGAUGAACGAGAGAUGUGUGCUAGAACAGUGUACUGUACCAAUAUAGAUAAGAAGAUUAGCCCAGGGGAUGUGAGACUUUUCUUUGAACAUUUCUGUGGAGAGGUUCAGUGUUUGAGGCUUCUUGGAGACUAUCAUCAUUCAACCCGUAUCGCUUUUGUUGAGUUUGCAAUGGCUGAGAGCGCAAUCGCUGCUCUGAACUGCAGUGGUGCCAUUCUGGGAACCUUGCCCAUAAGGGUAAGCCCAUCAAAGACGCCAGUUCGCCCUCGCUAUCCCAGACCACCUACGCACUGAAGAGGAUUGAUUUGAUCGUCGGAAGUCAGAAGUCGAUGCAAGCGAGCUCGUGAUGGAGCUGGUGAUCCAUAGAAAUUACCUAUCUGUUUAAAUUAUAGGAGCCGAGAACACAUUUCUGUUUCUUUUAUCCCUCCUUCCUUAAAAUCUUUGUUCUUUAUUGUGUCAGUUGGUAUCUCAGACUAGAUUGGUACACCCUUCCUCGAACAACCCAUAAGGGUUGCGGGAAUUAAUGGCUUAUUAUGGUUGUUGAGAUGCUGCUAUAUGUCAAUAGAGUUGGAUGGGGAUU